AUGUCUUCAGAAUCACAUAACUUUCAUUCUUAUUUUGUACUUGUUAAAAAUACAAAAAAUAAAGAAAAUGUUAUUGCAGUAUAUCUUAGUUGUAUUAAUUAUUGUGAUGAAGUAGUAAGAGAAGUGUUUAGUCUACCAAUAUCUAAAGAUAAAGGUAAAAAGAAAGAAAUUAUAGAAGUUAGUAACAAAGAUGAUGAUGAUAUUUUUCAAUUAGCAAAAAAAAGAAAACUUUUUGCAUCAACAGUAUUAAGUUUUAACUCUAGUGGCAAUCAACAAUAA